GUCAAAAACAGUGGCCGACACACCACGUCCGCCACCUUCAACUUCAAGAAAUGCGCCUCUUUAUUUUCCCAAUUCCCACCUUCCGCUUCAUCUCCUAAUUAACCCCAAACCCAACAAUGAACUCCUCUCUUUUCCGCCUACCCUUUCCGCUCCUCUUCAUCUUCAUCUUCAUCGUCAACCUCGCCUCCGCCUGCCAUGUCGGCGACCGAAAUGCCCUUCUUGCUUUCAAAUCCGCCAUUACUGCCGACCCCUCCGGCCUUUUAAGCUCUUGGAAGUCCGCCGUCGACUGCUGCACUUGGGCCGGUGUCACUUGCUCGGUCCCCAACCGAGUCACCAGUCUCAGCCUCUAUGGCCAACUCGACCACCCCAACGCCUUCCUCUCCGGCACCAUCUCCAACUCUCUCUCCAACCUCCCUUACUUGGAUUCCAUCUACCUUAUCAACCUUCGAAACAUUUCAGGUCCUUUUCCGCCUUCACUCUUCAAACUCCCCAAACUCCUCUUCAUCUACAUUGAAAACAACAAGCUUUCGGGCCAAUUGCCAGCCGCUAUCGGAAAUAUGAGCCAACUCGAGGCACUCAGUCUUGAAGGUAACAGGUUCACUGGUCCGAUUCCGAGUUCAAUUUCCAAAUUGACUCGCUUGACUCAGCUCAAACUCGGUAGCAACCUUCUUACUGGCUCCAUACCCAUUGGAAUCCAGCAGCUUAAAAGCCUGACGUUCCUCAGCCUCGAACGAAAUCGAUUCGCCGGUCCCCUUCCGGAUUUUUGGGGCUCAUUUCCGGAGUUGAGGAUUCUCAGUCUUUCCCACAAUAAACUCACCGGCAAAAUUCCGCGCUCAAUUUCAGCUCUGGCCGCGAAGCUCAGUUACUUAGAGAUAGGGCACAAUUUGCUAACAGGGAACAUCCCUGAUUUUCUCGGCACUUUUAGGGCACUGGAUACCCUCGAUCUCUCCUCCAAUCACUUCUCUGGAGUAGUGCCAAAAAGCUUCAGGAAUUUGACGAAAAUAUUCAACCUCGAUCUGUCUCGGAAUUCGCUGGUGGAUCCGUUCCCGGAGUUGUUCGUGAAAGGAAUCGAGUCGCUAGAUUUGUCGUACAACAAGUUUCACCUGGGGAAAAUUCCGAAAUGGGUGACGUCGUCGCCGAUAAUAUACUCUCUGAAAUUGGCGAAAUGUGGGAUCAAAAUGAAGAUGGAGGAUUGGAAGCCGACCCAAACCUACUUCUACGAUUACAUCGAUCUAUCGGAGAACGAGAUUAGGGGCAGUCCGGUGGGAUUGUUGAACCGGACGGAUUACUUGGUGGGAUUUUGGGGCUCCGGAAACAAGUUGAAUUUUAAGCUGCAAGAUUUGAGGAUAGUGAAGAGGUUGAAGUACUUGGAUUUAUCCAGAAAUCAAGUGUCCGGUAAGGUCCCCGGUGCGGUGGUGGGGCUUGAGAAAUUGAACGUCAGCGAUAAUCAUCUGUGCGGGCCGAUCCCGGCGACGAAGUUCCCGGCGACGUCGUUUUUGGGGAAUGAUUGCUUGUGUGGCCCGCCGCUGCCGCCCUGCAAAUGAGAGGGCGCACUCCAGUCAUGAUGCGGCCUCCCUGGUGGAACUCAUUUUAUUCACGGAAUGCGUUAAAGGCGCAUUGAGAUUAAGUGGGGGCCAUGUAUCAGAAGUCUAAUCAUGAUGAUACCCCAAUUGUACCAAUAAUAAAAAUCUCUUUUUAUUAA